ACGCCUCUGUGUGCGAGGAGGAAGGCAGUAACGUUAACGUCGGGCGGUGGAGUCUGAUUGAAAGCUGCUUAGAGGAGAAACUACUGCAGAAGGAAGCGCAGUCUGUCUAUCUCACUUGCACUAUUUUGACUGGCCAUUCCCUUUAAAAUGGCGUAUCACAGUCCUUACAGAGCCCCACCGCACAUCAACGCUCCUCCGGACCAGGGUUUCCUGUGGAAUAUCUUCCAGAGGGUUGACAAGGACCGGAGUGGAGUGAUAUCGGACUCAGAGCUUCAGCAGGCCUUAUCGAAUGGCACAUGGACUCCUUUCAAUCCAGUGACAGUCCGCUCCAUUAUAUCCAUGUUCGACAGGGAAAAUAAAGGCGGGGUGAACUUCAAUGAGUUUGCUGGUGUGUGGAAGUACAUCACAGACUGGCAGAACAUCUUCAGGACCUACGACAGGGACAAUUCCGGCUUCAUUGAUAAGAAUGAGCUUAAACAGGCGCUGACUGGAUUCGGUGAGCUGCAAAGAUAUCGUCUAUCAGACCAAUUCUACAGCACGCUGAUCGAGAAGUUUGACCGCCAGAGGAAGGGACAGGUGGCCUUCGAUGACUUCAUCCAGUGCUGUAUCGUACUACAGAGGUUGACUGAUGUGUUCAGGCGGUACGAUACAGACCAGGAUGGCUGGAUCCAGGUUUCAUAUGAACAGUAUCUUUCCAUGGUCUUCAAUAUAGUAUAACGCACAUGGAACACCACAGAAGAGCACAACUGGACACAAAAGUGCCAAAGCUACCGGCACCUCCCGAAUGUCUGCCGUGGUAGACACUACAAGAUUUUUUUUAAAACCCAAAUAUUAGCCCCAGUUGGGCUGUUUCACACAAAUUUAUAAAAAAAUAAGAAAACUUAUAGGAACAUUUAUUUUUUUUCAGGUUGUAAUACCCUCCACAUGACAGUACAACCACAAAGCUUGAUGUAUUUAAAAAAAAAAUCUUGUAGUGUUUUGUUCAUUGACCAAUCAGAACAAUGUCUGUGUUGGGGACUCCACUGGGGAAUAUUAUGGACACAUCUGUCUUUCUGUCUGUCUCUUAUUGUCGAGAAACUUUUUAAUGUCUUAACUUUAAUUGAUACAAUUACAAAAAAACUCUGUUAUGAGUAAAAUGAUGCAUUGUACAUAUUAUUUAAGAUGCAUUGCAUGCUUUUCAGGGAAAUAUAGCCCCCACUUUGAAGCAUGCUUUCCCUUUCUCUUAUCUUUUCCUCAGCCCUGUUUUGCUCAAAGCCAUGUUUACAAAAACUGUGAAAGCAGGUGAUGUUCUGCUUUGAGAUUCACUGACAUGCCAGCUUACAUGCCAUAUUUGUACAAACUUAUUUUUAACAGCAAAUCUUCAAACAUUAAAACAUUGGUAGAGGGCAAGCAUAAUGCCUUUAGUAUGGCUUAUUUUUUUGUGCAUGAUGCCUUAAAAUGUGUGAAAACAGCACAAAAGAGAAAUCUUUUAUUAAAAAAAAAAAGAAAGAAAGAAAA